AGUAUAUCUCAUGCUGACGACACCACAUUCUUUACGAUAAUUUUGGAGCACAAAUUCUUCAUUGCAUUCAUGACAGGUUCCCGGAGGCCAUAUGGAAUAAACUGGCGUUUGAGAAAAACUGGAUCGCUAUUGAUUGGUAAUUUCACUGGGGGAUGUUCAUCUCGCAAAAGCGCCCCUGCCACUGGUGAUGUGAAGAAACCGCAUCGCUACAGGCCAGGGACUGUCGCGCUCCGUGAAAUCCGUCGCUACCAGAAAAGCACGGAAUUGUUGAUUCGCAAACUGCCUUUCCAACGUCUCGUCCGUGAGAUCGCUCAGGACUUCAAGACUGACCUGCGCUUCCAGAGCUCGGCCGUGUCCGCUCUGCAAGAAGCCAGCGAGGCUUAUCUGGUUGGCCUGUUCGAAGACACCAACCUUUGCGCAAUCCACGCCAAGCGCGUUACCAUCAUGCCUAAGGAUAUCCAAUUGGCGCGUCGCAUCCGCGAUGAACGUGCCUAA